ACGAGAUAGUUUUAACGAGAUACCUAAUUUUUUUCCAAUUUUUUAAAAAUUAUAUUAAAUUAAUAAAAAAAGUGUAUUAUUAUUAUUCAGUUUAGUGUCAUAAUGUGAAGUUUGAAUUAAUAAUUUUGAUAGUUUUAAACAUAUUCACCCAUUGUAAUAAGAGCUACUUCAUUUGAUUGAAGUAAAAAUACUACAGCUAUGAGGCACUUGACGCUGAUUUUCCUACUCUACAUCAUCCACAGGGCGAGUCCUUGUGUGAAGUUGAGUCAAAUAUGUUGUCAGGACUACGAGAAAUCCUUCCUGCAGUGUUCCAGUACCCUGGAAACACCAUCCGAUUGCCUUUUCAUCAAAGGAAAUUACUUUUCAAACUCAUCAACUUUUCCACCACCGUCGUUGUCGUCGUCUUUCUUGAAACCAUCACCAUCAUCUUUUUCACCAUCGUCGUCGUCAUCACUUGCACGUAAAGUUGAACCCACGAUGAAAAUAGACAGGAAGAGUCUGAAUGACGAGUUGAUGUUGGAGCUCGAAUGGGAUAUCUCGACAGCGGAUAUGAAGUACGUCAGAGGGUUCUUAUUAACUCUUGACUUCGUUUGGGAUGGAAGAAAUCACAAAAUUUUAAGGUCAUUUCUGAUCAAAGGGGACAAAUACGAAGGCCCUGACGGCAAAACCACAAAAAAUAAGCUGGUGACCUUUAGACACGACUGCAUAACACUCUUUCCGAGUGUCCAGUACAGUUUAACGUUGACAACUUUUACGUCACCGUCGUCCUCUUUUCCAUUGUCAUCUUCCUUAACGUCAUCAUCAUCGUCAGCGUCAUCAUCCUUUUUCGUGCAAUCUUCGACAAUAUCUACUGAGUUCUUCUCUCCGGACAAUCACAUUGGAAAUCAUGACAUUCAUGAAGCUAGGGCGAGCGGGGAAUGGACGGCAACGUUGAAAUUGAGAAUUUUCUUCGGCACGGCAUCAAGCAUGAUGGCCUGCUUCCACGUGGCCCCCGCUAAAUUUUUAUUCUACAGUUACUACCUGUACCUUAGUCGAGGCCUUGAGCACCCGAACAUAAAAGAACACACACACAACAUCACUCUCGACCCAGCAAAAAACGCCGGUGAGCAGAGAUGCGUAAUGUUCAGGAACAUUGAGGAUGGAGUUUAUUACAUCUUCUUAAGACCAGCGUCGGUGCAUGGUUGCACGUGCAAAGACUACCUCUCUGACUUGGACGUUGAACCCAGUUGCGUGGAGUACUGCCUGGUCACACAAGUUGGGCCCAUGUCCGUCAAAUAUGGAAAAGUCAUUCCAACUCUUGGAAUUGAAGUGGAUUUCGACUACUCUAACUCAACGACGACGACAAACAACAACAACAACGCGACAAUUCACGCAAACAACGAGCCCACAACACAUGUCAUUGAUAUUUCACUACUUCGCAUUUUGAUGUCCAUCCUUGUUGCCCUUGUUAUCGCUCUUGUUUGCGCUUUGAUCAGCAUUUUCGUAGUUGUGGAGCUGCGCAAAAAAAUAGCGAAAAAAAAUUUUAAGAAAUAUCAAAUAAUAAAUCUAAAGCGAGCUAUCUCAACAAAUCCACCCAACAAUAUUGUUUUGGUUUUCUUGGAUGUUAACAGCAGCAGCAGCAGCAGCAAUAACAGCAACGACAAUAAUGUUUGUUGGCCAAUGAAUGAAACAGAAAUUAAUUCCACUUUAGAUGCGUUGAAAGACGACUUGCAACAACAUCGCGACAUCAACUUUACAUUCAUCUACCUAUCUAACUGCGAUUCCAAUGUUGAUGAGAUACUAAAUAACGCGAACAUGGCUACAAACAACAAAAACGUCAGCAAAACUAUCCUAGUGGUUCACUUCAGCACAAACGCAAACCAAUUUACAAAUGACUACCGUAGAAAAAAGAACAAGUUUUCCAAACCCAGCGUCAAUCAACAACAACAUCAGCAACAAAUAGGCCUCAACAUACAACAACACCCUUGUCACUUGACGAAUCCACCACAACAAACAGUUCAACGUCAACUCUUGAAGAAUUUAAUUAAAUUCCAACUGCACAAAAUUCGAAUAGACUGCAUAGGAAACGUUAUUUUUAACAACAACAAUGAGAAAGUUGGGGAAGAUAUAAAGAAGAACGAUGACAAGAUGGCUGAAGUCAAUGUCGACGACGUCUGCUUUUCCACUGGAACGAAUGACAGUGGCAUAUCGUCUGGAACGUUCAAAAACACCCACAGCAGCUCAACAGUCGUCCAAAUAUUUGAAGACUUUGGCAUUCAGGUUUACAAGUCGUUCGACUGGUUCAACUAUCCUCUCUAUGGCAAUAACGGGAGUGAUUUAUUUUUAGCUGACGAAAACGAUGAAAGUAUAACGAAAGAUCGUGACGCUCGAUGAAUGACGAUGUUGGAUGAUUCAACGUUAGAUAUGACGUUGUGAAUUAACUAACUGAACAUGUUUUUUGUUAUUUUUUUUAAGCCGAAAUUUAUAGUUUUUGCAUAUGCUAAAAAUACACACACAUACACACACACAC